GUGUGCGCCCACAGGCAAGGACAGAGAAGCCCCCUCCGCCCCUCCACCCUACCUUUCCGAGUCCGACCCACUACCAGUGACUUCCAACAAUCAUCUGACAAUCUCUUCCGAGCACAAGUGGGAGCGUUUCAUGUGCCUUUCGCCGUCUUGUUAUCCUUUAUUUUGAGGCGCAAAGAUGGCCGAACAUCUGUCGCAGAGCGAGCUGGACUACCCGUUUAAACUGCUCGAGUACUUUAACGGUUUCAGGGUGUCAAAGGUGAUCUUCUCCGCCUGUGAGCUGGGCGUCUUCGACCUCUUGACGACGUCGCCCUGCGCCCUGAGCGCCCAGCAGGUGGCGCAGGCGCUGCACGCCAGCGUGGACGGAACAGAGCGACUGCUGGACGCUCUGGUGGGCAUCGAGAUACUCCACGUGGAGACGCAGGCGGAGGACGGGACAGCUCUUUACAGCAGCACUGAAGUGGCCGGCAUGUACUUGGCCAAAGGUGGCGCCAAGUCGCUGCACGACAUGGCAAUCUACCAGUCGCAGACCAUCUACCCGCUGUGGAACAACAUGGUGGAUGCCGUCAGGGAGGGCAAUAAUCAGAACCAGAAGCUCUUCGGCAUCCCGCCCGAGGAGGUCUUCCAAGCCGUCUACAGGUCCGACGAAGAGAUGCUGAAGUUCAUGGGCCUGAUGAACUCCUCCUGGGUGCUGGACGGAUACGACGUGGUGAUGGCGUUCAGCCUGGCUGGCUUCCGGAACAUCGUCGACCUCGGAGGAUGCACCGGCGCGCUGGCCCGCGAGAUAGCGAAGGCGUACCCUUCUUCCUCCGUCACCGUGUUCGACAUGCCGGCGGUGGUGGAAAUGGCCACGAAGCACUUCCUGCGGGCGGACGACACCUUCACAUUCCAGAGCGGAGAUUUUUUCCACGGUGAACUUCCUGUCGCCGACUUGUACGUCCUGGCUCGCAUCCUCCAUGACUGGUCUGAAGACAAAUGUGUGACGCUCCUCAAGAGGAUCUGCGACGUCUGCGAACCAGGCGGCGGCGGCGUUCUGCUAGUGGAGGCCACGUUGCUGGAGAGCCGGCGCGGGCCCGUCCAGGCGCAGCUCUUCUCGCUCAGCAUGCUGGUGCAGACGGAGGGCCGCGAGCGUCCGCCCUCCCAGUACGCCCGCAUGCUCCGGCAGAGCGGCUUCCGCGAUGUGCAAGUGUGCCGCACGGGCAAGACCUACGAUGCCAUCUUGGCUCUCAAAUAGGAAGAACGCAGGAGAUGCGAUGUGGGAUGUGCAGUGCCGUGAGGAAAAAAUACAGAUUAUACACCAACCCCAACGUUACGAAUGGCAUGCAAUAGUCUAAAAAUGUUACUUCAGUAUUUGGCUAAUAGCAAUUACAGGAGAAACUUAUAUGUAUUGUAAUGUAUUGAGAGGACAUUGCUGAAUUGAUUGUGCAACAGAAGCCCGCAGGUGACUCGAGAUGUGAUUCAUUAGCUGGCGAACGCAAACGGGACAUCGCCUGAACAAAGUCAAUCACAUCUGCAGGCUUCUGUGGCACAAUCAAUUCAGCAACGUCCUCUCAAUACAUUACCAUACAUUUAUGCUCAUCUAUCGAGUUACACCCGUUUAGUAGUAUAAAGUAGCCUUCCCUUUGCACGAGUGCCCCAAUGAUGACUUUUACGUCAAUAAUAGUCAUCAUGUUCAAUGUUUCAUCUGCAGAAAAAGAAAAUGAAGAAAUCUUUUUUCUAUGCUGAUGUUAUAGUUAGCAUGUAUUUAUAGUGACUAGGACCGAGCGCCUUGUAGUAAGUACUAUGUAAUAAUGACCUUUUUUUGUAAUAUAAUGUGUUUAUGAUGAAUGGGACUGAGCCUCCUUGCGAUAAGCCAUUUUCACCUUACAUUUUACACCACUUCACACAAUUGUUAUUAUGGUGAUAUAUUAUGGUGAGUGGGACUCAGCUCUUUGUAGUACUGUGUAAUAAGUCAUUUAUUUCAACCCCCCAUUUUUUGGUAAUAAAGGCUUUUUCUACACCA